CUUAUCUGAAAAAGACUAUCAUGUGGUACAUACUUUUGUAUUGUUGAAUUGCGAAGAAGUACUACCUUUUGAAAGGAUUUUUGAUGAACAAGUAUACAACAUGUAUGGUGACGUAAAUGACGAGGAAUUGACCAAAAUUAAAGAAAAAGGGUUUGCUACGUGGUUAAAAGAAUAUAUUCGAACGUCACCAGAAGAUCAUCCAUUGUGGUUGCAUGAGCUAGUUCAAGGGCCCAUUUGUCGUGUUACAUGUUGGCCUAUAUUUUUUACCAGAGGCUACGUUUUCCACACACAUGAACACGGACAACAUCGUUCGACACAUAAUUUUGGUGUUUCUGUGAAAGGGUCAGAGUACUGUGCAUCUGAUAACGAACCCGAUUUUUACGGACUACUGCAGCAGAUUUUUGAACUCCAAUAUGCAGGUCAUUUUGGACUCAAAGUGAUGAUGUUCAGGUGUGAUUGGUUUGAUCCUACACCCAUGCGAGGGAUCAGAGUCAACAAAACAGGUGUUUUUGACAUAUGUUACACACGUCGAUACGGAAAAUAUGAUCCUUUUAUAUUGGCUUCUCAAGCAGAUCAAGUGUGUUACAUCCCUUAUCCGAAGAAAAUUACAAGAAGGUCAGACAUUGAUUGGCGAGCCGUCGUGAAGAUCAACCCCAGGGGAACUAUUAUUCAAGAAGAAAAUGAUGAACAAAUCCCGCUUCAAGAUGUCGAUCAAGGCAUUCUUCAAAUUGAAGACACGAUUGAGGUUGGAAAGUUAAUAGCCGAAGAAGGAGUAGUUGAAGAACUUGCAGACAAUAAUGACGAAGAGCAGGAUAAUACCGAUGAGUCGGACGAAAAAACAACAGGAACUUCUGAAUAUGGUUCUUUUGAUUAA